AUGACGCUUGCUCUUCAAAACGACAUGAUUCCGCCAAAUGCCAAUUUCAAAUCUCCGAACCCCAAGAUCCCAUUCGAUCGCUACCAGCUAAAGGUUCCUACGCAAGCCAUUCCUUGGCCCCAAGGGAAAGACAGAGUCGUCGGUGUCGGUUCGUACGGUGUCGGCGGCUCUAACGCUUACGCCCUCCUGGCCUCGGUCGACCACACAUACAACAUCAAGCCAGCAGCGGUGCUGGGUCACUCGUCUGGAGAAAUCGCAGCUGCUUACGCCUGCGGGGCAAUUAAUCAACGCGAAGCCAUCAUUAUUGCCUACUAUCGUGGCAAAGUAUUGGGGGCCUUAGAUGAGUCAGUUGGUGGCAUGGCGGCUAUCGGGAUGGGAAAAGCGCAGAUCGCGCCACAUCUACGGCCUGGAGUGUUAAUCGGAUGCGAAAACAGCCCGAACAGCGUCACCCUAACCGGAGAUAAGACAUCUCUCGAUCUGGUUGUCACGGAGAUAAAGAAGGCACAUACGGAUGUACUUGCCAGAGCUCUGCAGGUGGAUAGGGCAUAUCACUCCCAUCACAUGCAGGCUGUUGCUUCACAAUAUCUCGGCCUUCUUCGGCCACAUGUGCAGCCUCGUGACCCAAAGACGCCAUUUUUCUCUAGUGUCACGAACCAGCUCAUAUGCAAGGGGCCUGAACUUGGUCCCGACUACUGGGUCCAGAACUUGGUGUCACCGGUUCUGUUCAAUGGGGCUCUGAGCAAAGCAUUGCACACCCUUGAUUCGGAGAAGCUGUUCCUCGAGAUCGGUCCGCACUCUGCCCUCGCAGGUCCUGUUCGACAGAUCUUAGGGGCAGAGAAAGUCAACGCCGAGUACAUCGCCACCCUCAUCCGCGGUCAAGACUCUCACCAGGAACUCCUUCGUGCUGUGGGCGAGUUGUGGCUACGUAAUCAUCCGGUGGCCUUGGAUCGCAUGUUCGAGGAAGGAGACAUCCUGACAGACCUCCCGUCAUAUCCUUGGCACUAUGAAGGGCCACUGUGGCAUGAGUCUAGGCUAUCUGAAGAGUAUCGUCUACGCAAGUUUCGGCAUCAUGAGCUCCUUGGCAGCAGGGUGUUACAAAGCACAAACACAAGCCCAGCUUGGCGAAACCUGCUACGUCUCGAGGAUGUGCCUUGGAUUUCGGAACAUGAAGUUGAAGGGACCAUCAUCCUUCCAGGCGUCUCCUAUUUGUGUAUGGCUGGUGAGGCUGCUCGACAGCUCACUGGACAAACCAAUUUCACAUGCAAACAAGUUCACUUCAGUGCGGCUCUAUCCAUGACGUACGAGAGCCAGAUGGAAGUCAUUACUCAACUCAACCAAAUACGUCUGGCCGACUCAAUUGACUCGGAUUGGUACGAUUUCACUAUUUCCAGCUACCAGAACGGAGGCUGGGUGAAGCACGCGUAUGGAAGGGUCCGAGGUGACGGUGAAAUGUCGGAUAAUAGUCUGGGACAGUGUCGUACUGAAGAUUCCAGCAGAGUCUUCCCGAGGGUGUGCUCCUCCGCGUCAUGGUAUCGCAAGUUCAGGUCUCUUGGCCUUGAGUAUGGUCCACGCUUCAGCGGCAUGGACAUAGCCGCCGAUCCUACAACACCUCAGAUCCAGGGAACGUUGAGACUUCAGCUACUACCGGGAGAGGAAAAGUACUAUUCUGUCCAUCCAGAGGCGUUGGGCCGUCUAGUGCAAAGCUUAUAUGUGGCCGCCGCCCAAGGUCUAACAAGAAAUUGCAACUCCCUAGCAGUCAUUGCUUACGUCGAUGAGUUUGCCUUUAUCGUGCCCCCAGAAGGAGCCAAAGAGCUGGAAUUCUCAGCCAAAAUCACGGAGCAGAGGCAUGGGGCGUUUCUUGGCAGCGUUGACGCUACCGUGGACGGUGGUAGCGCAGUUGUGAGCUCCAAGGAAUGGCAGCUAUGUAGAAUCAGCGGCUCUAACGACGCAAAUGAGAAUUCUAAUCAAUAUGGAGCUGCGCAGCUUGAGUGGAGGGAAGACAUUGAGUUCAUUGAUCCCUCUUGUCUGAUCCGAUCCGCGAUAAACAGCACGAAGGCUGAGAUUUAUCGACUGCUUGACCGAUUCAACAUACUUUCCUUGACCCGAGCACUCGACAGCAUACGCCACAUUGAUGGUCCUACACGUGAACACCUGACAAAAUACCGCAAGUGGCUUGAAGACACCGUGGCUGGUUUUGCUUCUGGCUCUCUCAAAUGCCCUGGAGUUGCAGACGCUGACCAUCUCGUCAGUAUGACUACAAAAGAGCGAGAUGGCCUGCUUUCAUCAAUCUUCAAAGACCUGGAAAAAAGCGAGGUCCAUGCUCCUGCAGCCGCUAUUCAUCGCGUCAGCUCUUCCUGUGAGGGAAUCUUCAAUGGUGAUGUAAGCGAGCUUGAGCUUCUUCUGGCGGACGGCGUACUUCAAAACGUCUACAACUGCCUUCUUUUAGACACAGACUCUUCAAGCUUGUUAUCCCUGAUUGAACACAAGAAGCCGAAUCUCCGGGUGCUGGAGAUCGGGGCCGGAACCGGAGGUGCGACGGCAAGCACACUCCGGAGCUUGACAUCGAGUCGUGGGCAGAGGAUGUAUCAGUCCUACACAUACACUGAUAUAUCCAGCGGCUUCUUCGCAGAUGCAAAGAAGAGGUUCGAAGACUAUGGAGGGAUUGAAUUCUCCAUUCUUGACAUCAGCAAAGAUCCUUUGGAGCAGGGAUUCCAGGCCGAGUCGUACGACCAUGUUAUCGCAUGGAACGUUAUACAUGCCACACCAAACCUUCACGAUUCGCUGAGUAAUAUAAGGAAAUUGAUACACCCUGAGGGGCGAUUUCUUUUGCAAGAAAUCUUUCCGAUUACUCCCUGGAUCAAUCACUGCUUCGGCGUCAUACCAGGCUGGUGGCUUGGCGAAGCUGAUGGUCGCGUUUCCACGCCCCACGUCAGCUUUGAGAGAUGGAAAAAAGAUCUUUCGGACUCCGGAUUCGGUGACAUAUCAAACAGUUUCGACGGUUAUACGAACAACAACAUAUUUUGCCGGCCGUCACAGCCUGUGCCAUCGUCUACACGAGUCACACUUCUAAAGCACAGGGGCCAAGAUACUCAGCAGCUCCUCGAGAGUCUGCGGCGGGCUUCGUAUGCAGUCGAUGAAUAUACCUUGGAGGAUUCGGAAGCGAGUCUAACCCCAGCGCAAGACGUCAUAUCGAUACUAGAUGUCGUUUCUCCCUUUUUCGCCAGUCUGACAGAGGAACGGUUUGCACACUUUCAGCGAUUCGUCAAGAAUGCUCAUGAUAGCGAUAGUGGUAUUUUGUGGCUUACUGGCCAAUGUCAGGUUGGCGAAAAGAUUCAAUCCGAGUACGCUCCGCUCUUUGGCUUAGCUCGUGUUCUGCGGACAGAGCUUGGGCUUGACUUUGCCACUCUUGAGCUCGAAAGUCUCUCCCCGGCGGCCAUCGCUCAUGUUGUCCCGAGGGUAUGCAAUGAAUUCGGGAAACGCGUCAAGAAUGAUCCGGAUAGCAACCCGGAGUAUGAAUGGGCGGCUGUGGACGGCAAGAUUCUGAUAAGCCGUUAUCACCAUGUUAACCUGACAGCUGAGUCUCGAGUGCUUCCAGAUAAAAUGCGAGUGCGGAAGCUCGCGCAGCACAAGCCAGGAUUAACUGACACACUGUAUUGGAAGCCAAUGAUUGAUCCAGUGCUCGACAAGGACGAAGUCAAAAUCAAAGUGAAGGCCGUCGGCAUGAACUAUAAGGACGUUCUCAUUGCUCAAAGUAUUAUCACCGACACAGCGGCCAUUCAAGAUGGGCUUGGUCUAGAAUGUGCUGGCAUCGUCUUGGAAGUAGGCCCCGAUGUAGACCGUGUCAAGGUGGGCGAUCGCGUCGUGGCCAUAUCUAGCGGGUCAUUCACAAACAUCAAAGUGACGUCCCAGCAGCUAUGCUGCAGGAUACCGGACCAGAUGGGUUUCGAAGACGCUGCCGUGAUUCCUGUUGCAUACUGCACUGCUUUCCAUGCGCUGUUCACCCAAGGUAAAGCAAUCAAAGGAAUGAGUGUCUUAUUAAUCCACUCGGCUACGGGAGGUGUGGGCUUGGCGGCACUCCAGCUCGCCCAGAUGCUGGAAGCUGACAUUUACUGUACUGUCGGCAGUCAAAGCAAGAGAGACUUUCUGGUCAAGAAACUCGGAAUUUCUCCCAGCAAGAUUUUCAACUCCCGCGACUCAUCAUUUCUACCGGGUAUUAUGGCAGCCACAAAGGGACUAGGCGUUGACUUAGUCCUCAACCAACUAUCAGGAGAGCUGCUCCACGCUUCCUGGCGGUGCGUGGCUGAAUUUGGUACCUUUGUUGAGCUCGGCCGCCGGGACUUCCUUGGACAUGCGAAGCUGGCCAUGGACCAGUUUGAAUCUAACCGAACCUUCUCUGGUGUUGAUCUGGCACAUCUCUGGGCCCGCAAGCCGCGAUUUGUUGGGGAUAUGCUGGAGCGAGUUAUAGAUCUAUGGACCCAGGGCCAGAUUAAACCUUACAUUGCUUCUACUUUCUCGGCCGCAGAAAUUUUCCAGCCUUUCCGACAGAUGCAACAGAGCCAGCACAUAGGCAAGAUCGUUGUCACAUUGCCAGAAGAAGCUGAUGCCCAGCUACUUCCCACCGAGCCCCUCCAUAAGACGCUUGAACUACGGCAUGAUCGAUCAUACCUCUUUACUGGUGGUCUGGGCUCUUUGGGGACCGUCAUUUCCUCCUGGCUUGUGGAAAAGGGGGCCAAGGAGAUCAUUUUCCUGUCUCGCUCUGCAGGCUGUCUGCCGAAACAUGCCUCUGUAGCCACAGAGCUGGCAUGUCUGGGUUGCAAUGUCACAUUUGUUUCCGGUAACGUCGCCAAAUUGGACGACGUCGUUCGAGCAAUCAAAAUUGCCAAAAUGCCUAUCGGCGGGGCCUUGCUGGAGCAGCAGCCUGACGUUCUGCUUGACUUCUUCUUCUUGUUCAGCUCCACAGCAGCUACAGGAGGAUGGUGGGGACAGGCCAACUAUCAUGCUGGAAAUUCCUACAUGGAGUCCUUCGCUCGUUACAGGCGAAAUUUGGGAUUAGCUGCAAGUGUGCUAAAUGUGGGCUUCAUCAGCGACGUCGGCUACGUAGCUGACCGACCUGAGGCAGCUGGCUUGGCCAAGGCAACAGGCCAAUGGUUCAACACCGAGGUUGAGCUCCUGGACUGCAUUGAGCAGAUGCUGAUGGAACCUACGACGGGGAGCAGUGCUUCAGCUGCCUCGUGCCAAGUACCUCCAUCUCUAUUGGCCAUGGGUAUGCGGUCCACCAUGCCGCUUACAUCGAAAUCGUGCCGUGUUCCGUGGAAGAGAGAUCGACGAACGCUUGCCCUUCGCAACCUGGACUCGGAUGACAGCAAUAUUCCUUCCGGCUCAGACAGCAUGACAAACGACGAGCUCAGCCACGCCAUCCGAGAGCUCAGCUCUAACAUCGUUUCGCUCCAAUCAGGAGAGACCACAGAAUUCCUAGCAACGCAUAUUGGGAAAACACUGUGCAAAUUCCAGCUUAGACAAGACACCGACCUCGACUUCCAGGCUCCAUUAACGGACCUCGGUCUAGAUUCCCUAGUAGGAAUAGAGGUGCGAGCCUGGAUCAGGCAAUGGAUGGGCGUAGAUCUGGCCACGCUCGAGAUUACCGGUUCCAAAAACCUAGAGCAGCUUGCUACCGCGGUGCAAAAAAGGAUGAUUCAGAGAUACAACUCUAAGACAUGA